AUGGCAAUCGCCGAGGCCGAGGAUGAGGCGGCUCGAGCUAGGCUAGAGGCUAAGUUGUGGUCCGAGGACCCGGCGCGACACGUGAGGUUACCCAUGACAGUUAUAACGAGCAGGUCACCAGCUGAGAUGAAGACGCCGCCACAGCCUGAGCAAGAAGUACCGGAUGAGAGUCGUGAGGAUCCGUUAGGGAGAUUGGUGCAUUCGAUUACUUCUUCCCAUCUGACUAAACCUGCGCACAGCUCUACUCCGGCCCGGGUGGUUGGUGGCCAGAACUCUACUGGAUCCAGAGAGGUUGGAAAGUUCUUCCAAGGUAUCGCUAAGCCUCACCUACCGAAGUUUGAUGGUAAUCGAGAUCUUUACGAGGAUUGGCGGGCACAGUUUGAAGUUUUCGUGGAGCAGGCUGAAGUCCCGAUCAGAUUUAAAAUGAUCAUGCUUAAGAACGCCCUGAUAGGACGCGCCGGCAAGCUGGUCGAGAAUCUCGGUUUUACCGAAGCCCAGUACUCUAUCGCCCUCUUUAAGUUGGAUCAGCGCUAUGGCGGAGAGUCAAGGAUCUUGAAGAAAUACAUCGACCAGUUGAUGGCACUCAACGAGGUCAGUGAACAGGAUUUGAAGGGAUUGGAGGAUCUGGCGAACCAUUUAUGCGAUGUAGUGUCGAAGUUAGCAGAUACAGACCAUGCCCAGGAGUUAGUUGGACAGAACACGUUGUAUGCUCUCGUGAGGCGGAAGGUGCCCGUUUCCCUGUUGGUAAAAUACACAGAGUCGGACACUUCGACGAGGAUAGAUGGGUUGGCAGUAUUCGCCAAAUGGUUCAACCAUCAUGUAUGUUUGAUGAUUGAAAUGACUGACUUGAGGGAGUCACGCCGCAAGGGACCAAGCCAGACUAAUGCUAACAAGUUGGUGAAACGACCAGACAAGAGCACGGUCUAUGCUUCGACUGCGACCGCUUACUCCGGGACGACGUCUAAACCAGCUGACGCAGAAAACCAGUAUUCCUUCCCUUUGUGUAAGGCCGCACAUCACAUCGUCAAGUGUGACAGAUGGACACCUACUACUACUAGCCAACGUUGGGACAUUGCUAAGGAGAAGGCCCUGUGCUAUAGAUGCCUGUGUAGCAACCAUAUGGGCAAGGAUUGCCAGAAGGGAUCCCGCAAGUGUGGGAUUGACGGCUGUCAGAAGAACCAUCAUCGUCACUUGCACAGAAGGAAGCCGAAGACAGAUGUGUCCGUCGAGCCUAAAGACCAUGCCAACAACAUGUUUGGAGUCGCCAAGGAUGGAAGAGUUUAUCCAAGCAAGGUCGCCCUACGAGUCAUCCCAGUUUAUGUAGUUGGGAGUCGAGGACAACGUCAACGACUGAACGCGCUGUUGGAUGAUGGCUCAGAUUCAACAUAUAUAACCAGAUCUGCAGCAGAAGCCUUAAACACCCCUGUGCAGGAACAGGCCUUGAGUGUAUCUACUUUAACUGACCCUAAGAAAUCCCUACGUAGUGGCCUGACGGUGAUGACGAUCGAAAGCUUGAGCGGCGAGAUAACGGCCAAGGUGGGAGCACGAGUUCUUGACAGGUUGUGUGAGAAUCUACCGCCGCAAAAUUGGCAGCAUCUACGAGAUCAAUGGUCUCAUUUGAAGGGAAUCGAGUUCCCAAGAGUAGAUUGGUGCAAGACCGUCGAUAUUUUAAUUGGUGCUGAUCACCCGGAAUUGACGUUAGCAUUGGAGGAGCGACCGGGCCAACUGGGAGAGCCGGUGGCAAGGCUGACACCUCUGGGAUGGACAUGCACAGGGUCCAUUGAGGUGGUCACUCCUUUGACCAGCAAUUCUGUUACGACUGCAAAUACUUAUUCAACAAUUACGGAUCGUCAGUUGGACGAGAGCCUCCGAUCAUUGUGGAACAUGGAUGUGUUCACAACUACAUCAGAGACCAACUUCACUCCAGAAGAGCGGGCGAUCAUCAAGAGGACUGAGGCCUCCAAGGUGUACACAGACAAUCGCUAUGAAGUUUCGAUUCCGUGGGUUGGCGACACCACUGACUUACCAAACAACUUUCAGGAAGCUCGGCGCCGCCUGUUGUCUAUAGAGCGUACUCUCCUCAAGAAACCACACUUAGCCGAAAAGUACUGCGACUGGAUGAGGCAGAAUAUCCAGAAGGGGUAUCUGCAAGAGAUUGAAGCUGCUAAUGCCGAAGGGGGUUGGUAUUUGCCACAUUUCCCAGUCGUACGGGAGGAUAAAGAGACUACAAAGGUCCGAAUCGUCUUCGACUCAGCCGCCAAGUGCCAGGGGGUCUCACUCAACGAUGCGAUGUUGGCAGGACCCAAGCUGCAGCGAGACAUUUUUGACAUUUUAGCACGGUUUCGACGAGGUCCAGUGGGGCUGAUUGGAGAUAUCAAGGAGAUGUUCAGCCAGGUGAUGUUGAACCCUAAGGAUCGGGCGUAUCAUCGAAAUUUAUGGAGAGAUUUGGACUUGACAGCUCCCAUCAAGAUCUACGAGUCAACUCGAGUGACUUUCGGAGACAAGGCGUCUCCUUUUUUGGCCCAGUAUGUCCUGCAGAGUCACGCACGAACUCAUCAAGAUCAGUACCCAGAGGGAGCCAGAGUGUGUCAGGAGAAUACUUAUAUGGAUGACGCCAUUGACUCUCAACCAGACACCGCUGCCACUAUCAAGUUGAGAUGUGAGCUGAGCGCCCUUUUGCUUAAGGCAGGGUUUUUCAUCCGCCGUUGGUGUAGUAAUGAGUCAGGAGUAUUGGAGGGUGUACCCCGUGAGGACUGUGCAGCAGGCAUUGUGGACUUGCAGGACUCCACUUUGAUGCCGAGCGUUAAGACACUGGGAAUCAAGUGGAACGCAGCGACAGAUAUGUUAGAGUUCUCCACCCAAAACAUCGCGCCAACGGCAGUAAUGACUAAGAGAACACUCUUGAGUCGUGUUGCUACGUUGUUCGACCCUUUGCAAUGGCUGUCACCCUUCACCAUUCGUGUCAAGAUCGUUCUUCAGCAGUCAUGGGUGCUUGGACUGACGUGGGAUGAGCCCCUUCCCUCAGGAAUGAUUGCUGAAGCCAGAGAUUGGUUUGCUGAGCUGAAGAAGAUCGAAGGCAUCUCAAUACCGAGGUGCUACUUCCGCACACAGCCUGACAGCGAGAUUACUCUUCAUACCUUCAGUGAUGCCUCUUCAAAAGCAUAUGCCGCCGUCACGUACAUCCGUCAGCAGAAGGCAGAUGGCGGGGUGAACCUUGCGUUGGUGGCGUCAAAGGCUAGGGUCGCUCCAUUGAAGACAGUGAGCAUCCCAAGACUGGAAUUAAUGGCAGCUGUUCUCGGUCAUCGUCUCACCCAGAAGAUAACCACCGUUUUGAAGUAUUCUAUGAUGAACGUGACGUAUUGGACUGACAGUAUGGAUGUGGUGCACUGGGUUCGCAACCAGUCACGUCAGUUCAAAACAUUUGUAGCCAACAGAGUAUCAGACUUGCAAUCCGAUACCCUACCGAGUCAAUGGCGGUUCGUACCUGGAGUGUUGAACCCGGCAGACGUAGCGACCAGGGGCAUGACAGCAAGGGAGUUCACUUCCAAGAAUGUAUGGUUUGACGGACCCGACUUUUUGUAUGCGGAUGAGGAUUGUUGGCCGGAAACCCCGAUGGGAACCAAGAGUGCAGAGGCGGAGGGAGAGACUUCUAGAUCCUAUGUUCACGUUACCGUGUCUGGACCGGAGCGCACGAUGGUAAUAAAUUUGUCAAAGUUCUCCACCUGGAUCCGUCUGGUCCGAGUCACGAUGUGGGUAUUGAGGUUCAUCGACUGCUUAAGAGUCAAGGCAAAGAGAGUAAGAGGGGAGAAGUUGGCUUCGGAGGCAGCUAGAUCUUCCUUUAACUGGUUUCUACACGCAGAGACGGUGUUGCUUCAGGCGGUACAGAGAGAGAGUUUUACGGAGCGAUAG